UAAGCAUCACAAUGGAGUGUGGGUUCUGUUAUAAUGGUUGAUUGCAUUUAAUAGUGUUGUGAUAUUUCUAUCCUAUUAGAACCAUUUUUUUAUAGCAAUAAAACGUCAAAAAUGGCAAGAUUACAGAACAGUGAUAGAUUUAAGUAUCAAAAAGCAAAUACUAGUAACACUUUCUCAGCUGCAGACAACACAUCUAGAGAAAAUACUGCACAAGGAAGGAUAAAUCAAGUGAUAGAGAAUAUUAGACUGGACAGUUUAUAUGGUUUUCAUACAGUUACUGAUGUUAAAGAAAGAACAGGGUACCUUUUGAACAUGCACUCGACCGAAAUCAUGAAUGAUGAUAAACGACUGGUUAGUGGAGUAGACUAUUAUUUUUUGGAAGAAGAUGGCACAAGAUUUAAAGUUUCAGUUCCCUUUCGUCCAUAUUUUUACAUACUCUGUCGUAAAGGAGCAUUUCAAGAAGUAUCAACCUUUUUAUUGAAAAAGUACAAUACCAUAGUGACCAAAAUUGAAAUUGUUGAAAAAGAAGACCUGGACAUGCCCAACCACUUAAUUGGACUAAAACAGACUUAUUUAAAACUAUUAUUUGCCAAUAUCACUGAUUUGAUGAAAGUAAAACGAGAUAUCAUGGCUGUGGUAAGAAGAAACGUAGAAAGGGAAAAGAAUAACACAUAUUACUCCAAUUUAAUGGCAAGUGCUUUAAAUGCAUAUGAUCAACAUACUUCAAAAAGAAUAAUUGAUCACAUGGACAACAUCCUUGACAUUAGAGAACAUGAUAUUCCCCAUCAUGUAAGAGUAUCCAUAGAUGCAAAAAUAUUUGUUGGAACUUGGUAUACAGUGAGAACUCAAGGAGUGGAACCACCAAUAAUUACUCGUAGAGAGGACAUUAUUGAAACAAUAGAGCCCAUUGUAUUAGCCUAUGAUAUAGAAACUACCAAACUUCCAUUAAAGUUCCCUGAUGCUAAUUCUGAUCAAAUUAUGAUGAUCUCUUACAUGAUUGAUGGCGAGGGUUAUUUAAUCACAAACAGGGAUAUUGUUUCAUCUGAUAUAAACGAUUUUGAAUACACACCAAAACCUGAGUUUGAAGGUGUUUUUACUAUUUUCAAUGAACCAGAUGAAAAAGCCACCAUAAGAAGAUUCUUUGAUCAUAUCAAUGAAGUGAAACCACAUGUAUUUGUUACAUAUAAUGGAGAUUUUUUUGAUUGGCCAUUUGUAGAAACUAGAGCAGCUAUACAUAAUUUAGACAUGAAAACAGAAAUUGGUUUUGCAAAAAAUAGGGAUGGGGUGUAUGCUAAUCGAGCUGCUAUUCACAUGGAUUGUUUAUGUUGGGUAAGGCGUGAUUCUUAUCUCCCUGUUGGUUCACAUGGUUUGAAAGCUGUAGCAAAGGCAAAAUUAAGAUAUGAUCCUGUUGAGUUAGAUCCAGAAGACAUGUGUAAAAUGGCAGCUGAGGACCCACAAACACUUGCUAGUUAUUCUGUUUCCGAUGCAGUGGCAACUUACUAUUUAUAUCAAAAAUAUAUACAUCCAUUCAUAUUUGCAUUGUGUACGAUUAUACCUAUGGAACCUGACGAGGUGUUACGAAAAGGUUCUGGCACUCUCUGCGAAUCACUACUAAUGGUACAAGCAUUUCAAGCAAAUGUUAUAUUUCCUAAUAAACAGGAGUCUGAAUUUAAUAAACUGACAAAGGAUGGACAUGUAUUAGAUCAGGAGACAUAUGUCGGUGGUCAUGUCGAAGCUCUGGAAUCAGGUGUAUUUCGUGCUGAUAUUCCAUGCCGCUUCAAGUUGGUACCAGAAGCUGUAGAUAUUUUAAUCAACAAUGUAGAAAAUACUUUGAAGCAUGCAAUAGAAGAAGAAGAAAAGGUUCCAUUAGAUAUGGUUUCAAAUUUCGAUGAAGUGGCCGACGAAAUUCGUAAUAAAUUGGUGCGUUUAAAGGAACAACCAUUCAGAGUAGAGAAGCCUGUAAUUUACCAUUUAGAUGUAGGCGCUAUGUAUCCAAAUAUUAUAUUGACUAAUCGACUGCAACCAUUUGCGAUCGUGAAUGAAACUGUAUGUGCUUCGUGUGAUUACAAUAGACCAAAUGCCCUAUGCCAAAAGCAAAUGCAAUGGACGUGGAGAGGAGAGUGUAUGUCAGCUGGUCUAGGGGAAUUUCAAAGGAUACAACAGCAACUAGAGAUGGAAAAGUUUCCAUCUUUAUUUCCUAAUGGUCCUCGGCGAGCGUUUCAUCAACUAUCCAAACAGGAUAAAGCUGCAUAUGAGAAAAAACGUCUGACAGAGUAUUGUAGAAAAGUUUAUAAAAAAGUUAAAGUCACACGCACAGAAGUGAAGACCGAAACAGUUUGUCAACAGGAAAAUUCCUUUUAUGUUGACACUGUACGAGCUUUCAGAGACAGAAGAUAUGAAUAUAAAGGAUUAACAAAAGUGGCAAAACAGCAAGUUGCUGCUGCCAUAGCUAGUGGCGAUGCAGGUGAAAUUAAAUCUGCCAAGAAUAGAGAAGUGUUAUACGACUCACUGCAACUUGCUCAUAAGUGUAUUCUUAACUCGUUUUACGGAUACGUAAUGCGCAAAGGAGCACGUUGGCACAGUAUGGAAAUGGCUGGUAUUGUGUGCUAUACUGGCGCACACAUAAUUAUGAAAGCCAGAGAAAUUAUAGAACAAAUUGGUCGUCCAUUAGAACUGGAUACCGAUGGAAUUUGGUGUAUAUUGCCUGCUUCUUUUCCAGACAAUGUCAUUGUUAAAACUCAACAUCCGAAGAAAUCGAAAUUGACCAUCUCUUACCCUAAUACCGUGUUGAAUUUCAUGGUGAAGGAUCAAUUCACUAACCACGUUUACCAUGAACUAACAGACCCAGAAAAUGUAACUUACAAAAUUAGAAGUGAGAAUUCUAUAUUUUUCGAAGUAGAUGGUCCUUAUUUAGCAAUGGUUUUACCAGCUGCGAAAGAAGAAGGGAAAAAAUUGAAGAAACGAUAUGCAGUGUUCAACUUUGAUGGAUCUCUUGCAGAAUUGAAAGGGUUUGAAGUUAAGAGGCGAGGAGAACUUCAAUUAAUUAAGAUAUUUCAGUCUUCGGUAUUUGAGUCUUUUUUGAAAGGAAAUACCUUAGAAGAGUGUUAUCAAUCUGUAGCUAAAGUUGCAGAUUACUGGUUGGAUGUAUUGUACAGUAAGGGUGCUAAUAUACCAGACUCUGAUUUACUUGACCUUAUAUCGGAAAAUAAAUCAAUGUCUAGAAAAUUGGACGACUAUGGAGCGCAAAAGUCUACCUCUAUUUCCACGGCUAAAAGAUUAGCUGAAUUUUUAGGAGAUCAAAUGGUAAAGGAUGCAGGGUUGGCUUGCAAGUAUAUUGUAUCAAGAAAGCCGGAAGGUUCGCCAGUAACAGAACGAGCUAUACCAUUAGCUAUAUUUCAGUCAGAACCUAGUGUGAAGAAAUAUUAUUUACGAAAAUGGUUAAAGGAUAACAGUCUGCAAAAUUUCGAUAUUCGGGAAGUAUUGGAUUGGAAUUACUACAUCGAGAGGUUGGGAAGCACGAUUCAGAAAAUCAUUACCAUACCUGCGGCAAUGCAGGGGAUAUCAAACCCUGUACCAAGAGUUAAACAUCCGGACUGGUUACAUAAGAAAAUAAUGGAGAAAACCGAUACAAAGAAGCAACAAAAAAUUACAGAAAUGUUUACCAAAAUUCCUAAAAGUACUGCUGACUCCAGUCAUGACAGUAGCACAGAAAAUACCGAGGACACGGAUAUCGAAGACGUCGCAGGGAGUUCUCAUGAAUUUAAAAAACCAGGACCCGUUGUGUCUAAGAGGAAGCGAGACACCUCCUUUGACGACGAAGGGGAAAUCAACACAAAAAGUUGGAGAGAAGUUUUAGGCGAUCCGCCUCCUAUGGGAAAAACAGCGAAAGAAAGAUUAUUAUGGCUGGAAUUUCAAAAGAAAAAAUGGGCGUAUCAAACCAAGCAGAGAGGUCAAAAACAGAAUAAAAGAAGUAGAACAUCUUAUAACGAUUUAGAACGUAAACGCAGCAGGGUGGUCAGGGAUCCAAGAACAUCAACAGUGAGCGGAUUUUUAAGACAUGCUCAGAGAAAGCUUCUCAGUAUGCCAUGGCAGAUUAUUCAGUUAGCAGAGACUAAUGAACCUGGGAUGUUCAGAUUGUGGGUGCUUGUGGACCAGGAGUUACACCAUCUACGUUUAGUUGUACCUCGCAUAUUUUAUAUAAAUUCUCGAAAAGCAAGAGAAGAAUCUCAACAUAACUCAGUUUGGAAGAAAUGUUCAAGAACCUUACCUCGUUCUCGAAAAGUGUAUCAUCUUUACCAGUGUACGGUUCCAGAAGCCGUAUUUAUUAAAAACAAUUCGACUGUCAUGCAGAUUACAUCAAAACCCGAAAUAGAAGGCAUUUACGAGACUCAAAUAUCUUUGGAAUUCAGAGCUAUACUUCAACUGGGAUGCGUAUGCUCCGUGGACAAAGCUGCAGCGCAAACAAUAAAAGAUGGAGCUGAUACUUUUAAUUUACUUCAAUUACGCUCUAGAACAUUGAAUGAACAGCCUUACCUUCAGUCGGGAGUUCUAAAACAUAUCUUCUUAUACCAUCAUUGGUCAUCAAAUCGUCAAAGAGCAAUGUGGGGACUUUUCCUUGCUCCUAUCAAGAAAGGAUACAUUUUUGUUGUGGACACAGUGAGAACAGAUCAAAUGCCCAACAUGAACACGCUUUACGUUAACGAACGCAAUGCUGUCUUGACGAAAGAGGCACAUUCAAAUGUAAAGAAUUUACCUGACGCAAUACAGUUUGAAGUCAAAAUAGAAAUUAAUUUACGUCAAGUGUAUCGUAUGCUGCAGGCAGCGUUAAUGGCUUACAAAAAUGAUAUGAAAGGCGCAACUGUGCUCAUAGUACAAUCACCUUUAAGUACAAAUGCAUUGACCACCGAAAUGCCUGGAUUAACCGACUUUCCUUUAAUUAAUACUCACGUACGUGAUAUUGAGAAUCUAUACGGCAACAUUAACUGGCAAAGGGACGGUGCAAAAAUUAUGGUACAACACUAUUUAAACAGCGAGAAAAUUAUUGAGUUAACGACCGAACAAUGCCGAUUUUUCCAUGCUCCAAUUGGAAAUUUACCAGUUGACGCAACUUUAUUUGGUGCGGAUUUGUUUUAUGCUCGACAUUUACAAAAGCAUAAUUUCGUGUUAUGGUGUUCUCCAACGGAAAUGCCUGAUUUAGGCGGCAGUGAAUCCGACGACUGCAGGUUGCAAAUAGAUUUUGAAGAGAUUUCAAUCUGUACAACAAACAGUCCAGGCACUUAUUCUAGUGUAUGUAUGGAACUAGAAAUUGAAAGCCUUGCCAUUAAUGCUUUGUUACAAUCCCAUCACGUCAACGAUAUAGACGGCACCAGUUCCUUUGUUGCCUUUCAUAGUGCACCACAAAUCUCAUUACAGGAAACAAUGAGCGGCGAAGAGGGAACCUCAAUUCCUAGCUAUGACCAGAUAGCGUUAUGCGCUCCUGCUUUUAAAGUAUUAAAAAGUAUGGUUAGCGCAUGGUUACGAGAUGUAACAGAGUACCGAAACAUGUUUGCUGAUUACCAAAUUAUCCACUUUCACAGGUGGUUGCGAUCGCCAAAUGCACUGCUAUAUGAUCCAGCAUUAUGGCGUACACUCUACAGCUUUAUGAAGAAAUUGUUUCUACAGCUUCUUGCUGAAUUUAAGAAGUUGGGAUCUAUAAUCGUCUUCGCUAAUUUUAAUAAGAUUAUUUUAUGCACAAAAAAGAGGAUUGCUGCUGAUGCUUUAGGAUACGUUGAAUUCGUUGUCAGUACUAUUCGAAACAAGGAACUUUUUCACAGCAUUGAAAUAACUUGUGAACAAUGUUGGGAGUACCUUAUUUGGUUAGACUUGCCUAAUCACGCAGGUGUACGGGGUAAACUACCAGGGAGAUUGGAGAACAGUCAGAACGAUAAUAGCAAUGAUCUUAUCAGUCAAAUUGAUGAGAAUGAAGAUGAAGAUGAUCCAAAAGUUGUAAUGAAUUGGAACAUAAUGGAAUAUUUACCAACGGAAGCAUUUUGUCAAGCGAGUUUUCGUGCCGUUAUAGCUGGGUACAUAACUGCAAUAUAUCAACAUAUGUGUAACAGCGAUCUUGAUGAAGGGAUUUCUAGACCAAACCGGCGAAAUAGAAACAGUGCAAGUCAGAUUCUAGGACUAGGUGCUUUAGAAAGUACUGCUGCGUUUGCCAAGAAGCUUUUAUCGGGAGAAAUAUCUCAAAAACUCUUUCAAAUUGUGCAAAAGAUCCAUAGGAAGCUGCCGGAAAAAGAAUUGACUAUUCAGGACAAUCCUAAUUUCGACCUUGGAGACCAUGAAAAAGUAAAAAUUAACCCUGCUUUAGAAUUGGUGAAAUCAGUUUGUAAGGUUUUAUCUCUAGACAAAGAAGUAGAACAGGAUGUUUGUAUUUUGAAAGCUAAUCUUCUACGGCUCAUCAACAUUAGUAGUUUUAGUGAUGAAGCCGAAUGGAGAGAUCCCUGCAUCUCACUAGUUUUACCUGAAGUGAUCUGUAAAGCUUGCUAUCAUACUCGCAGUAUUGAUUUAUGUAAAGACAGUUAUCGUGACAAAGAAGACAAUAAAUAUGUAUGGAAAUGCCCACUAUGUGAAACGAGUUAUGACAAUGCUGAAAUUGAAUUUUCUUUAUUGGAUUUAUUCUAUCGCAAGAGUACAAGUUACACAUUGCAAGAUUUACAAUGUCGAAAGUGCCUUGAGAUAAAAAGGGAGAAUAUGAAUGAGAUAUGUACAUGCGCUGGUGAAUUUAAGACGACUUAUGCAAGACGUGAUUUAUUAACGUUUGCAAGAACAUUGAGAUCUAUAGCUGUUAAAUUUCAGAUGAAUAUUUUGGUAGAGGCUAUUAAAAGCACUAAACUAUUUAUUCAGACAGACAUUAAAUGAAUUUUUAAAAUGCAUUUGUGAAUAAUAUGUACAAAAUUAUUGCAGGGAAAGAAUGUUUUUUUUUAAGAGUAUGUAUAACAAAAUUUGCUUAUAAUUUCAAGUCUAGGAAAGAUAUAUUUAAAAUAAAUUAUUAAUGAUUAGAAAUAUUAAAAUAAUACAAUGUAAAUAUAAUCACAAGGAAAAAUGUACACAACAGCUAUUGGUUUUAUAAAUUAUAUUUUCUACUCUUACAAUAAAGUAUUACUGUUUAGUGAAAUGCCAA